AUGGCCUCUAGAACAAUUUACCUGAUAUCGUCUCGCAAUAGCGAAGCUCAACGAGCACACUUUGCCGUUUUUGUCCCCUCCGAGCGAGAUAGCGAGCAUGGAACCCUGAUUCAAGCUGUCGGAGCCCCGAUGGCGGGCUAUUACCUUGAGUUCAAACGAAAUUACUCUCCUGCCGAUUCGAGUGAGAAAUAUACUGUUUUUCCUAUUGGGGAGGUUGAUCCUGUCAAUAUUGUUGAUCCGGAACCUGGUCCGAAGGGGAGUGACUGCACGCCGAACGGGGUUAUAGAGGUCGCUGCUACGGAGGUACCAACUCCUGGUAUCAGUGAGAACUUUCUGGCGCCUGUGAAUGAUGUUAGUAACAAGCGGUGUCAGGAGUGGACUAUGGAAUAUAUUCGUCAUUUAGUUGGUAAGAGGGUGAUUGGGUCGGAUGCUAUUCGCAGUGUGCAGACUAAACGUGAUCCACCUUAUCAUGGCGUGGGCUUGCAAUCCACUACACGCCGCUGUUGA